UACCAUUGGUUUCUUUGCAACUUUGAAAAAUCUUCGUGUGAAUACUAAAUCCAAUUUAUUUUUAUUUUCCUUAUAAAACGCGAAAACAGAACCGAACAAGAAUGAUAAUGAUAAGCACAACCAACCUUGGUUUCUCAAAACCUCAAUCUCUCGUUAUCCUCGUUUUCUUAGCAUUGGUUUGCAUCGCCAUGUCGGACUCCGCUGCCAAACCCCUCGACCAGCACGCCUCCGGUUCUUCCCCUGCGGUUCACAUCGUCUACACUGAGAGGCCUCAAAAUGAGGAACCUGAGGCUUACCACAUCCGAACCCUCUCUGCGGUUCUUGGCAGUGAGGAGGCUGCAAAGGAAGCUUUGUUGUAUAGUUACAAGUCUGCAGCUAGUGGGUUCUCUGCUAAGCUUACUCCGGAGCAAGUUGAUCAAAUUUCAAAGCAACCUGGUGUUCUUCAAGUUGUUCCGAGCAGGACUUACCAGCUCCAUUCAGGACCAGAAGAUCCAAAGAUGAUGGACGCAAAGGAGGAGGAUAUUGCUUAUGAGUAGUCAAUUUGUGGUGGCUAUGUCCUUUGGUAAUAGAAGAGCAGGAGUGUAGCUUCAUUUCUUUAGUGUAGGAAAUAGUACCAUUUAUAUAUUUUAUUAGGUGGGUUAGAGGUUUGUAGUGUACACUCAUUUCUUUGGUAAAAUACAUAUCAAGACUAUAUGUUUCAUGAUGUUCGAAUUAACGCUUAGAUUUGUCUGUAGUUGAAAGUUGCUUUUGAAUCAUACAUACAUAUCCUAUGUUUCAAAU